AUGGCGCCCCGCGAACCCACCCGCGCACAGCUCUCCUCAAAACUCUCGUACCAACAAACCACACCCAGCUUCCUGCUCAAACUCCAAAAUCGCAUGAACGGAAUCCCCGACGAAGACGACGCAGAAACCUACAACCAGGGCGACGACGACGAGUUUGAGUACACGGGCGAGGGUCGUGCCCCCAUCCCACGAAGACCCCGCCCCGCGAUUCCUGAGCGCCCUGCAGAUGACCCAGGGAGCGCGGAUGAAGAUGAAGAGUUUGCGGACGAGAAGCCGCAGGUGGUGGUGUUAAAAGCUGGGAAGCAUCUCACUGAAUUCGAGGCAGAGAACAUUCGUCGUGCAGAAAAGGGCCUUCCUCCGCUGCUGUCUCCAGAAGAGAAAGCUGCUGCCGAAAAGACAGCUUCGGAAGAGAAAUCGGGUAGAGAGGUGAGCUCGUCGAGCUCGAAAUCAGCUUCUCAGGGACUCUCGUUCUCCUCGUCAUCCAAACCGGGUACAGCAGGAGCAAAACCGAACAAAAGGAAAGCCGUCGGGCAGCUAGACGAGCUCAAGGCCGAGUUAAAAUCUAAAGAAAAGGCCCCGAAAACCUCGUCGUCCAAGAAGGCCAAGAAGCAGAGCAAAACAUUGCUCUCUUUUGGGGACGAUACAUAA